CCUAGCCGCCGUCGGAGGUGUCCCCUGGGUUUGCCUCGCCGCCGCCGCCGGGUCCCUGCACCCCGCCCCCAGCUUCGGCCGGUGCGCAUCCACUCUCACCGCUCUCCUCGCCUUAACCAUUCCCGGGUUUCUGCCGUCGGGGCGCCGGGGCCGGGCGAAUGAUGCCGUCGGAGAGUGGAGCUGAGAGCCUGGAGCGGCCAGCUGGACAGGUGGGGACGGAUGCAGCCUCGGUAGAGGCCACGGCUGGGGCGGCCGGCGGCGGCCCGGACCCAGAGGCCUCCUCGGCUCCUCUGGGACGGCACCAGAGCCGGCUGAGUUGGCCACAGGUGAAGCGGCUGGACGCGCUGCUGAGAGAGCCGAUCCCCAUUCACGGGCGAGGCAACUUCCCCACGCUGAGCGUGCAGCCCCGACAGAUCGUGCAGGUGGUCCGCAGCAGCCUGGAAGAGCAAGGAUUGCAUGUACACAGCGUUCGGCUGCACGGCUCAGCCGCCAGCCAUGUGCUGCACCCCGAGAGUGGCCUAGGCUACAAGGACCUGGACCUGGUGUUCCAGAUGGACCUGCAGAGUGAGGCAUCCUUCCAGCUGACCAAGACAGUGGUCCUGGCUUGCCUGCUGGACUUCCUGCCGGUGGGAGUGAGCCGGGCCAAGAUCACACCCCUGACCCUCAAGGAGGCCUAUGUGCAGAAGCUGGUGAAAGUGUGCACGGAGCUGGACCGCUGGAGCCUCAUCUCGCUGUCCAACAAGAGCGGUAAGAACGUGGAACUCAAGUUCGUGGACUCCGUGAGGCGCCAGUUUGAAUUCAGCAUCGACUCCUUCCAGAUCAUCCUGGACUCGCUGCUGCUCUUUGGCCAGUGCUCAUGCACACCAAUGUCGGAGGACUUCCACCCGACUGUGACAGGCGAGAGCCUAUAUGGGGACUUUGCUGAGGCCUUGGAGCAUCUGCAGCACCGCGUCAUUGCCACCCGCAGCCCUGAGGAGAUCCGUGGCGGCGGCCUCCUCAAGUACUGCCACCUCCUGGUGCGGGGCUUCCGGCCAAGGCCCAACACUGACGUUCGCGCCCUACAGCGAUACAUGUGUUCCCGUUUCUUCAUCGACUUUCCGGACCCGGUGGAGCAGAGGCGCAUUCUGGAGCGCUACCUGGAGGCCCACUUUGGUGGAGCAGAUGCAGCCCGCCGGUAUGCUUGCCUUGUGACACUGCACCAGGUGGUCAACGAGAGCACAGUGUGCCUCAUGAGCCACGAGCGCCGCCAGACCCUGGACCUUAUCACCAUGCUAGCCCUCCAGGCGUUAGCCGAGCAGGGUCCUGCUGCCGCCGCUGCCCUGGCCUGGAGACGUCCGGGCUCUGAUGGAGUCGUACCAGCCACCGUUAAUUACUAUGUGACCCCCAUGCAGCCCCUGCUGCCCCGGGCUCACUCCUAUCCCACCUGGCUGCCUUGCAACUGACUGAUCCUGGCUAGAAGGGAAUGAGCUUUGUGGGGGUGGGGCAGGAUCAUCAGGUAUGUGUGGAGGAUGUGGCCAGACACGGGCCGCCUGUGCCAGCUGGCCUGGUACUAGAGGGUUGGGCUUUUGAACAGACCAGACUUUUCCUGCAUGAGGUUCCUAUGGGCCAAGUCUGGUUCUUGACAGGAGGACCCUUUGGUCAUCGUACCACGCUCCUGGACCUGCAUGACUUGGGUCACAGAGAUUAACCUGUUGAAAAGACAAAGUCAGCUGGGGUGGUGGUCUCAGUACUGACACCUUGGGUGGAUUUCCAUGGCCUAGAUGGGGUCAGCCCACAAGGACCCAGAAGUUCCUACACUGGCUAUAGUACGACAUCACGUGACAGGAAUACUCACUUUGGAGUCUAUAUGAAUGACUCACAGAGCCGGGUGGUCCAACCUCGCUGACCAUUAAGAAGGUAAACUAAGGCAUGAGGCAGCUCCCUGGGUUUCUGGAGGGAUGGGAAUUCAGGCUCCUGAAACCCAUGUGGCCUUCUUGAGGUGCUGAGGUAUCCAGCGGACAGGUAAACAGCCAGGAUGGGAUGCCUCCCAGUGUGCCACCCUCUCCCUUCCCUUGUGCCUCCCAGGAGCCCUGCUGUCUGGGCACUAAUGCUGGGGGCUGCCGGGUUCAAAGCUGCCGCAGUCAGCUGCUCCCACCCCACGGCUCGGUUAUGGGAUUUGGAUUUUCACGU